CUAGUCAAAUCAACAGUUCACAUCGACCUUCAUAUUGGCUGUAAACAUUAUACUACUGAAAAGUUGAAACGAUAACUCUCUGGCGGAACAUUAUAAUCCAGUGUCAGCUCGUCAAUCAAAACCCGAUGAAGUUCAUUCUCGUGAUGGUCGUGUUGGGCUUAGUGUCAAUUGCUGGAAGCCAACCCGUCGUCCCAGCUGGAUCUACUUUCAAACACACAGUCGGUUCGGUUAACUCAAAUUCAAACGCAUUUCAAAAGAGGAGUGACGACAUCUAUGCCACUCAUUACCCGAGACCUGAAUAUCCUCUCGUUCCAAGAUUCUAUCCUAUCGCUGGAUCAACUAUGUUAAUUGGUUAUCCUCUGAUUACGAGACGGGGCGGAAUUAACGGACACGGGGGUUACGGCCGGGUGAUUCCCAUUCUCGGUUACAGCUACGGACGAUAAAACAUUCCAACUAUAAUUCAAUACACUUGAUGUGUAGCUACAUCAACGCCAGAUACAAUAUCGUGAUUUAUCAAAUAAAUAAUAGCUUUAAAAAAAUUGGUAUAUUACAUCUCCUUAAUGCAUUCAGUCGUAUUCGGAGCCGAUGGUGAUGCUGACCUCUUCGGAAACGACGUUCGUUUUGUGAUACCAGAUGUUGGUAUCCAAGACAACUGGCGUAAAAAUCUCGUUCAGAAAUGAAGUCCUGAUUUUAAAUAAUAUAAUUGAAUAACACUUA